GCCCGCCUCAUUUUUUACUUUUGUUUUGUCCUCAUCUUUCUUGAGCUGCAUCCUGCAAGUCUUCUUCCUUCUUUGUCUCUUUUUGGGCUUCAUGAAGUCUUGGGCUUCGUUGGGGUGCAACAAGGUUCCUUGCACGUGUGUGUAUGAACUCGUUACCGAACAGAAGAAAUCGAGCCAUGAAGCACUUGAUUACUGCUCUUGUAGAGAGAAUGACGGUCUUGGGGAUGAGGAGAUUGAGGAAUUUUUACACUCAAGUGUUAAGCGUGGCCGGGGUACUGUAGGUUCAAGGAUGGAUGAAACUGGUCCUUAUCUUCCAGCUUGUUCAGACUCCAAGGACAAUUUGUCAACAAGUCCUUGUGUGAGCGAGCCCUGUUAUAUGAGGUCCAGAGAUAAGCCAUCUUCACUGAAAUCUUCGGAGGAUGAGCUUGACAAAAAGAGGAAGAAGGCAAAAAGCAAGCUAUGUAGCAUCUCAAAAGAAAAGCACUGUAAAAUGCGCAAAUCUAAAUAAGGUUCAGUGCAUGAAUCCUGGGGGCAACUUGACCCACGGCUGCCUGGGUAACAAGUGGAUAGAAAAGCGCAUGCAUAAAGCCAUCGAAAUGUGCUGAAAAGCAAAUAGAUUGAGAACAAUUUGGUUAUCCUUACAAUCAUUUUAUGUCAUUAUUAAGUGGUAAAUGGAUAAUGCCAAACUCAGGUCUUCUUUGAUCAAGCAAACUGGAAAUCCUAUUGCUAUUUACAAUCCUUGAUCAUUUGCCGGGGACUCUGCCCAGUUUCUAGCUCUUCAAGGUUGUGAAGGUAAGGAUGCACAAUUACGAUGGGCAGCCAAC